UAACACUACCUAUGUAGUGUCUUUCCCCAGUACUGUGAGUCGCAAUUUCAGUGAAAUAAUCAAAAUCUUAAUUGUUGAACAUGCAAAGUGCAAGAAAACUACUAAAACUAGAUGUUGGUCUAUCACAAUCAUCUUCAGAUAGUGAAAAUGGCGAAUUCAUGAUUAAGUCAAACGCAAACGGCCGAAAACGUAGCAGUAAGGAAAGUAGCACUGACAAAGUGUAUGUCACACCAUUUGUUUCUGAAUGGACGACACAAACAGUUGAGAAAAAAAAUAAUAUCUCUUACGAACAUCUUAUAAGUGGGACAGAUGUGUUCCAGAGAGGUGGUAUAAACAUUGCUUUAACAGACAUUCAAAUGCAGUACUUUGAAUACUUGAAGAGGUUUCUAACCUUUUCUGAGAGUCUUGAUGGGUUUAGACUUUAUGCUUCUAGAAUAAAACAACAUUUGACAGACAUAAAGCAGGAAUUGUUUAUGUCUACAGCAUUCCAUAGUUGUCAGAUAUCGCUGCAGUACUUCAUACAACUUUUGGAAAUUCUGUGUGACAAAGCUUCCAUGGAAGAGCCAGAAUACGGUACACUUUUUACAGAACUAGUGUCACGGUUUGCUGAAGUUUGUUUACUGAUGCCAUACAAUCAUCCAGAACGAUCUUGUUGGGAGAAUUUCUUAGGAAAACCAGGAUUUAAUCUGACAUCCACUCCAGAUCUUCGUUUCUAUAAAUAUGGCUUUGAUCUUUCUAAAUCUAGGUCAUCUUUUUGUGUAGUUCAGAUGAAUAAUAAACCAAAAGAAACUUCAGAACCUAGUAGAAAAAAGCAAAAAUGUGAUUCAGAGACGGAGACUUCGGGUGAUGAUGAUUCUAGAUAUUCCAGAACAUCAGUAGAAGAUAGAUUGAAAGGCAGACAUGCUGGAGCUCUGCUAGUUGACUUGCAUGAUAUUAUAAGGGACAAGUAUGAUGACACUUGUGAAGAAUACUCAAUGCCAGGAAUGUUAGUUGAUGGAUCUAGGAUUAGUUUGACAAUGUUGGUAAUAUCAAAAGACCAUUAUGAGAAGCUUAAAAAUGGUCAAGAACUGACCAAAGACCAUGCAGCCACAGUAUACUACAGUACCUUUUAUGACAUUUUAUUGCAAUCUCAGCGUAAUGAUCUCAUUGAGCUAUUUUUAUGUCUUAAUAAUAUGACUUAGCGUUGAGAUUUCUAUGUGAGCUUUUCAAGUUUUAAACUGCCAGUGUCAUAUGGUAUUUUGACAUCGGUAAAAGAUCAAUGAAAAAUACUGAUUGAAGCUGUUGAUGAAAGAUUAAUUAUGAAAAAUACUGAAAGAAGCUGCCAAUAAAGACUACUGAUUAAAAAUCUGUGAAAGCUUCUGAUCAAUAAAAGGUUCAGAUAAGAGAUCUGUGUAAAGCUGAUGAAAACAGAUCUUUGGAAGGCUGUCGAUAGAAGUUCUGGAUAAAGCUGUUGAUAGAAGUUCUGGAUAAAG